GACAUCGUCACUAUCGUCUGUUGUUGCCCCUUGUUGCCCCCCCGUCUCAUCCGGUUCGCCCCGUCUUAUUGUGUUGCGCCUCUGCCUCGGGUGAAUGAAAACAUUGGUCCUGGCCGAACCCGUUUAAUCCGAAGCGUCAGAACGGACAAAACCUAGAAGCAAAGCAUAAGAGACGAUCGCGUUCCGUAAAUCAGUUGCACAUCCGAAGUCAUGCCGUACAACACUCGUCGCAAAUCCCUUUCCUUGCCGUCGUUAGGCAUCCAUGUCCCCGUCACCCAUGCUGCCCGGGCAGCCGCAAGUCGAGCCUCCCCGAACACUCCCUCGUCCUCGACAGCAGCCAGCGUAACGAACACAAGAGCGCAUUCCCUCACAGCAUCCGCCAUGGCAUCGCCGUCACCGAGAGAGCAACAUCAUCCGAAUAAGAAGGUAAAACGAGCUCACAGCGAGGACUCGGACGGCUUGUUGCACUCAGCCUCGAUUCCCAGGAAACAUGAGCCUACCGUCAAGUUCGACCACACUCCGCCUCCAUCGCCGCCACCCACCGAUCGAUCCUCUGUCGAGAUGGUUGAUGCCGAUGCCGACGCUUCUGCGACUCCAAUGAAGAAGAUCGAUCUGGAGGGGAUUAAUGACGAGAUUGUCGAGGCAGUUAUCGUCCAACUGGAGAAUACCAAAAACAGGCCUCAUCUAGUGAAGGAACUGGCCGCCGUAUUGAUGCAGCAGCUGAAAAUAGUUCAACAGUCUGCCAAUCCCUGCGCCAUCAUUUCAUCCCGUCUGUCGACCUAUCUGAAGCGUUCUUGCUGGUCCGCACUCGCCCCUUGCCCCCUGGCCAAGGAGCUCGAGACAGUACACCCGCGCCGAACCUAUUUCUACCUGACGACCUGCCCCCAUCAGCCACUUCCCGACCCGGCACACGCCGCCGCCCUCUCCCAACUGGCGCAUGCCCGGGCCAUCAUCUCGCCGUGCCUGUCGAGCGCCACGUCGGCGUCCGUCAAUUCCGAGGAUGCCGAGUUCGAGGACGCGCGCCGCCGGGAGCUGAGCCCGAGCCCCGAGGUCGACCUGUCGAGCCCCGAGUUCGACGACGUGGACGACGACAUCGCGAUGCCGAGCACCCCCAUUGGCAGCCUAUCGAUGCGCGGCUUCGGACUCGCCCCGCUGCUGCUAGGUCAUGGCAGCGUGCCGGGCAGCGCCGCGUCGUCGGCGAGACACCACCGCGCCGCGUCGCCGCCGCUGGAGAAGGACGAGAAGGAGUUCACACAGACGGCCGACGGGCUGCAGAAGCGCAAGCUGAGCGGCGAGCUGAUGUCUUCGAGCGGCGUGAGCCCCGAACAGGCGGCACAGGCGACGGUCGAGCUCGACUUUGGGAGCAGGGACGACAGCAGCCUGUUUGGCGACAAGACCGCCCUGCUCAGCGCCGCCUCCCACGUCGGCGCUUUCCCUACCAUGGCGUUCGUGACCAGCCCGGCCAUCAAGCCGGCGGCAUUUGCGCUCCACUUCGGCAGGAAGGACAGCGGCGACGCCGACAGCUGGGCGAAGGUGGAUCACAUGCUGGGUUGGGAUCGGAAUCCCGAGAACAUUGAGCUCGAGGAGCUAGACGGCUUGCUCAAUGACUACUGAGCCGUUUUCUCACUUUCACCUCCCAACUCUUAUUAUGUCCCUUAUUCCGCACCCAUGUGGCGGAUGGAUGUGUAUGAUGAGAUCUUGAUUUUGCAGUGCCAGUGUU